AAAUUUACACAAAUCACAGCGAAAAAGCACCAACAGCAACAACAGUCGGAGAAGUUGCAACCAAAUUUGGCUGAUGGAGACAAGUCAAUGAUGCAGCUGCAAAUGCUGUAUCGAAUGGCCACCACUACUGCUCCAAGCACAACAACAACGGCACCAGUUACAAAUUCAGGUACGGAGGCACCAAUAACCAUCGUCACACCGGUGCCAUUUAAAGGAGGCCCUUCGAAUUUAGGCGGCCCUGCGGGUUUUACGCCACGUCCGCCCGAGGAGUUGGCAUUGCAAACUAUUUCAGAACAGCAGAGUGAGAGGAAAACUGAGAGUGAAAUAACAAAGGAAUUGAUGAAUGUGAGCCUCGAGGAGGAAGAGUAACUCCUUUCCGGUUAGUUUCUGUUAAAUUCGAAAUCGUACAAAUUUGUAAAUAUAUACAUACUUAUAUUUUGUAAAAAAAGAUUAACUCCAUUGUGAAUAAAAAUUAAGCAAAGUACA